AAAUUUUCGCGAAAAAAUUUUUUAGCGUGAAAUUUGUUGUAAUUUGCCGUUUAAUGCUGCAUUUGUGCAUAUGUUGCAUUAUAAAGUAGCACGUGUGCGUCCAAUACAAAUAAAAGCGACAAUAGUGAGUCGCUAAAGAGCGAGUGCGACAAUUGAUACAAAGUGAAACUGCAGUAAGUGUAUACGUCAAUGUUAAUCGCGCUUUUUGCGUUCGCACAACUGGCAAUAUUUCGGCCGCAGCCAUUGCAAUCAUCAAGGUGUGGCAAAGGCAACGCAACAAAGCAUACGACCGCUACAACAACAGCAGCAACAACCACAUUACCAACUACCCACACCAAUAAGAAAGCUCACACAACGCCAUUAACGAGCAACAGUAAUUUGCAGAAACCAACAAUAGCAACCCGCCUCAAUAUGAGCAACAGCACUGAACAGGAUCAGACAGCUUCAGCUGGCGCUUUAAGCGCAGCCAAUGGUAACCAAACGGAUGCUAAGAAAAUUGAAGUGAUAAAUUUUAAAUCAAAUGACAAAUUAUGCUGUUUCAAUGUCAAAACCAAUCAUACGAAAGUUUUUGGCUCUGGCGGUACACAUGCACGCGGCAGCUCCAAGGUCAAGCUUAAAAAUGUUGUCGACUACAAAUGGGAGCAUAAAUACUAUUAUCCAGGACAUUUGGUGGCAGUGCAUCGCGAUGGCAAGCAUUUGGCAUAUGCUAUUAAUGUGAACAACAAAGCCACCGGCAUGGAAGGCAUGGUGCGAGUUUGCAAUACGAGCACUAGUCAACGUGCGCUUAUUAAAGGCAUGAGCGGUGAAGUGCUUGAUCUGCAGUUCGCACACAGCGAACGGGAACGCAUUUUGGCAGUCAUCGAUGUAAACACAUUAUUUGUCUAUAAGAUCGAUUUAAUUGAUGGCAAUUUAAUGUGCAAAUUGAUAUUGCGCAUCGAUGAUCCCAUUGCCAACUAUGUUCCCAAAUAUGAUCUGGUUAGCUGGUGUCCUUACAUCAGCAACAGCAGAGAUGCUAACAUCAAUGCUGCUAGCGGUAAUCAAGAAGAUGAAGAUGAAAAUCAGCUGUUGAUCUGGUCACGCAGCAACCAAUUUCAGUGUUUCCAUGUCAAGAUGAUAAUUACCGAACAUGGCAUUGGUCAGAUACAACCAACUGCUUUGGACGCAGGAUAUUUGAUGAUUAAAGAGGAUGCGCUAAUAACUUGCGCAGCGCUUUCACCCGAUGGCACCACUGUAGCCGCUGCCUGCGCCGAUGGCUUGGUGCGUUUCUAUCAAAUCUAUUUGUUUGAUGUGCGCAAUCAUCGCUGUCUACAUGAAUGGAAGCCCCAUGAUGGCAAGCCAGUAGAUUCACUCUUCUUUUUGGACAACAUCAACAAACCUGUGGAGGACGCCUAUUGGCAGUAUGUUAUAACCACCAGCGAACACAAUACUGAGAUUAAGCUUUGGAACUGCACCUUGUGGGAAUGCCUGCAGACAAUUAACCUUGUGGCAGCUGUGCAGCCAGGCAUGUUCAUAGCUGGCAUUGACCGCAGCGCCAACUACUUGGUCCUGUCAAGCCUUGGUUCUUUGGCAGUCUAUGUGCUGCAGAUAAACGGCGGUGUGCUCGCUGGUAAACUUGAUGAACAAGCCAGCGAUAGCGGUGAAUCAGAUAAUGGUAACGCCGCUGCCGACAGUGACAAUGCCAACAAUGAGUGCUCAGUGCGCAUACAAAAUGUAGCAGAAUUUAAGCUCAGCUCGGGCAUACUCUCGUUUUCGAUUGUGAAUGCUUGCAUGCGGCGUCUAAGGAACACCAAUGAGAGCUAUUUUGCGGUUGAGGAGCCCGAUGAUGACUAUGAUGAUGAGAACAAUUCGACAACAAAUGCGUUGGUGGUGCACAUGUUUGUGGUGCAGGCCAAGAGUCUGCAGGAAUGCCAGAUUAUCUAUCAGCCCAGCGUGCCGGAUAAGGCGGAGCGUAGCUUAAACAGCAGCCUCAAUACCAGCAGCACUACCAAUACAAGCAUUAAGCGUUCCCUUACUCCUGAGAAUGAGAUCACCCCACCCCGUCUAUUAAAUGUCAAUGAACUAAAGCAGGAGCCCACAUCGCCGCAAAAUAGCAGCAGUGGUUCCAUUGCUGUUCCUUUAGAUGCUCUCUUCGGCAAGGCAAAGCGCAACUCAUUGGGCACCACAACAUCCACCUCAGUGGUGGCUGUUGCUGUUGCCGCUGCAGCAGCUCCUUCAGCCAUAUUACAGGAUGCAGCCGCUGAAAAUAAGUCUCGAUCUAAUUCUCCACAAUUUGGCAGCUCGAAUUUUGCACAGCUGAAUCUCAUGACGCCAGAUGCAUUUAGCGCUACCACCGCUGCCAGCGUUCUAGUAGCCACCACCACCACCAGUAGCAGCGGUAACAACACCACCAAUCCGACCACUGCAGAGACUGCUAACAGUGCCGCUCCAGCAGCUCCACUUUUACUUGAUCGUUCCUGCAUAGACGCAAGUGUGCGUGAAACUUUGCGCAUGUUGGCCAUGGCCACGGGAAAUGCUGCUGCAGCAGAUGCAGCUAAGGUGAAUGCAACUGUAAAGAAGCUAAUGAACAGUCAGCGGCUGGAAGAUCAUGCUUAUCACAAGCUGCAGGAGCAGGAGUCACGUAAAAAGUUUGUGGCCAUUGAUAGCAAUCCAGAACGCAAUGUGGCCGAGAAUUUGGCCAGCGGUGGGUCCAGUCCCAGUCGCGAGGUGCAAGAGAUAAUGGCCACGCAGGAAGAAUCGGAUCCGUAUGAAGUGGACUUGGAGCAAUUGGAGUUAGACGAUGAUGAUGAUGACGACGACGACGAUACAGCUGCUGCUGAUAAAGAGCUGGAGACUCAAAUUAUGUUCAGCACGAAGCUUAAGAAGUCCGCUGAAUUGCAAAAUGCCGCUCAGAUCAUGUCACAAGCAGUGCAGCAUAAGCAUAAGAACAAUGGCAAUGGCAAUGUGCCACCAACUCUAGGCAAUAGCAGCGCCAACAAUAGCAGCAGUAGCAACAGCAGCAGCAGCCCGAGUGAUCAUAUCAAUCCCGAACUGGAUGCCAAGCUGGAUCAAAUUUUGGAUUUGAUGAAAACGCAAUCGCUGCAGCUCAAUAAACUGGAGCUAGAGGUUGGCAAGUUGCAACAGCAACAGAAGCAACAACAUGCAAGCAGCAGCUCCACUAAGGCAUUGCAACCCAAGAACGUCAAUGAGCUGGCCUAUAAAAUUGAAAUGCAGCUUUCUAAGCUUAUGGAGCAAUAUCUCAAGCGCUAUGAGAAUGAGCAUCAAAAGAAAUUAAACGAGUUUCUGCAAGUGCGCGAGACACAAAAUCGUGAGCUACGCGAAUCGGUGGUCCAGGUGCUCAAUCAAUAUAUAAUGAGUCAUUUUACGGAAAUUAUUGGCAAUGUGCUUAACAUGGAGCUGCAGCGUCAGCUUUUGCCACGCGUCAAUGCCAAAAUGGAUCAACUUCAGACUGUUAUGCAGCUGGAAAUUAUGCAAAAGCUUACGGUCUUUGACAAAACCAUUAAGGAGAAUGUCGCGCAGGUCUGCAAGAGCAAGCAAUUUCUGGAUGCCUUUGGCAAGACUGUGCUAAUUGGCGUACAGAACAGCCUGCAGACAGCGUUCAUUGAGUCCAUGAGCAGCACCUUGAUACCAGCCUAUGAAAAGUCUUCGCAAAACAUGUUCAAGCAGCUGCACGAGGCUUUCAGCGUGGGCAUUAAAGAUUUCAUGGUGGAGUUCAAUGCAUAUCUGCAGCAUAUGCCACAAGCGCAGAAUAGCGAAGAACUAACCGAUAAAAUGGGUUUGCUCAAGCAACUGGUGGAGGUUAAGCUGAACGAACAACGCUCUGAGCUUACUGGCGCCAUGCUGGAGACACAACGCGAAGUAAAGAGCCUGGAAAUACUAUUGGCACGCCAAGUGCAGGAAACCAUAAGAGCUGAGCUGCGCAAGCAUCUGGUGGACACUCAAGCAUUGGCAAUGCGAUCGCAGGCACCGACACCGGCGCCCACAUAUGAUCUACGUGAUAGCAUCAAACAGCUGCUGGCAGCGGGUCAGAUAAACAAGGCGUUCCAUCAGGCACUGCUGGCCAAUGAUUUGAAUCUGGUUGAGUUUACGCUGCGGCAUACAGAUCGCAUGCAGGUCUUCACCAACGAGGGCUGCCGGCUGGAACAGAAGGUGUUACUAUCGCUCAUACAGCAAAUAUCCGCAGACAUGAGCAAUCAUAAUGAGCUUAAACAGAGUUACCUCAAUGAGGCGAUGCUGGCUAUCAAUGUAUCCGAUCCUAUUACUCGCGAGCAUGCACCUAAAGUGCUUGCCGAGCUACAUCGCAGCUGUCUACAGUUUAUCAAGAACUACCCCAAGAGUCCGCAGUGCAGUAAUGUGCGUCUAAUGAUCGCCAUGUGCAGCACUAUAUCGCAUUCAGUUUAGAUCCCACAACACACACACACAAACACACCCACACUCACAAUUGUUUGUAGUCUCUAGCUCUAGCUUCAAAUUUAAUCAAUUGAUCGUCCAUUAAGCUGAAACUUUUUCAUUUAAAAUUUAUAAAAAAAAAAAACGCUGUAUAUUUCUUCGUUACUAUUUGUUCUGUACGUGUUUUUGUUUUUAGUUUAAGUACAAAAUGCUUCUUGUCAAGACAACAACAACAAAAAUGUAUAACAAAACAAAUCGUUUUGGACCUGCGUGUCCUCUUAGCGUGAUUGAAAAUUUGCAAUAAGUUUAAAUAAUUAUAAUUUUUAACGAGUAUUUUUUGAUUUACCUUUGCUUUUUGCUACUUUAAAACAAAAUUUCCAUUUAUCAUGACGCUUAUUAAAAGAGACGCUUAAACUUUAUGUAUGUAAAAGCAGAGCUAAAGAAUUUAAUAUUUUUUGCUACACUAACGAACGAACUUUAAUAUAAAGAGGGACAAACAAUUAUGAUAAAAAAAAACAAAAAGCAAAACUAAUGAAACUGCAAGUAAAAUAUUUUAAGUUAAGACGAAA